AUGAGGGCGAUACAUGAUGGCUACACCAACCGACAUUCCUUUGAGCAUAAAGGAAAGAAGUUCAGUCUGGUUCCUUUAACUUCGUUGGAGGUCCAUCAAGACCAGGUCCAGUUGAAGAAAAGUCGGGACAAAGAAAUUAAACGAGCAAAACCUGAGAUAUGUCCUAAGAACUCUAACUUCUUUGUCAAAGAGAGUCAAGUAAGGAAAUCUUUGUACUCUCAACAACCAUUGCUUUUGCUUGUGUAUAAAGAAACACUAAUGGGAUUUUCUGACCUUGCACCAGAUCUUCCGAGUGAUUUGAUAGAUGCUUUGCAUGAAUUCUCAGAUAUCUUUCCAGAAGAGAACCCUAACGGUUUGCCACCAAUAAGAGGUAUAGAACACCAAAUUGACUUCGUUCUAGAUGCACCACUUCCAAACCGGCCGGCUUAUCGAACCAAUCCGUUGGAAACAAAGGAACUUCAAAAGCAUAUUGGAGAGCUUCUUGAAAAAGGUUACAUCAGGGAGAGCCUAAGCCCAUGUGUUGUACAUGUUCUCCUUAUGCCUAAGAAGGAUGGCUCUUGGCGCAUGUGUGUAGAUUGUCCUGCCAUCAACAACAUCACGAGGGGGGAUGAUGUGAUCAUGGAUGGAUCUAAUGAGAAUGAGCUUAUAGCUGAGCUUGAACCUGAGGAAUAUGUAGCUAAGCUUGAAUCAAAGGAGCUUGUAGCUAAGGAACCAUUGUUUGUACCUGAAGAACCAAUGACUAUAGCAAAAGCUAGGAAGCUAAGGAAUGCACUUCAUGGGCUUAAUCAAGAGAUUAUGGCCAAAGAGAGCAUGGGAAAAUCUAUAUGGGGAUGA